GGUAUAAUGUUCCGGUUGCCAAUGCCAUGGUUGGUAGUAACGUCAGGCCAGCAACAUUCGGACAAUUUCCUUACAUCGUAUCACUUAUGAAUUUGAAGACUUUCGGUUCUGUACCUCUAUAUAUGCAUUUCUGCACUGCAGCACUUAUCUCGAAAUGUCAUGUUAUAAGCUCCGCACAGUGUACCGAAAAGAUAAUAAAAAACGAAACUAAGAUUCAUGCUGGAUCGCUUACAUUAACUAACGGCAGGAAAUAUGAUAUUGCAUGGUGGAUAAAUUAUAAUGAUUGGUGUCAAUACAAGUCGAGAUCGCCCCAGUUUGAAAUAAAUGAUAUAGGUAUUAUAAAGAUUGAUAGUAUGAUUAAUGAUAUUAGACCAGGAAUCUUUUUACUUUCAAAUAAUCGAGAUUUAUACGGGAAAAAUGCAGUUAUAGCGGGAUGGGGUAAAAAUUCCAAUGGAAACAUAUCUAAUUCGAUGAUGUCAGCUAUUUUGGAAUUCAUAUCAAACGAAACAUGUGAAUUGAAAAUUAAAUAUGAUAUUGGAAAAGUAAUUCAUAUUCACGAGAGAUACUUAUGUACUUCUGCAUAUUAUUAUAUAUUAAUACAAGAAGGUGAUUACGGUGGACCAGUUCUCUCUGACGACAUGAUUAUUGGUAUAAAUAAAGAAACCAAUUCAUUAUCGGAUAUACCUAUACAGCGACGACAAAUCAACAUUCAUACAGGAAUUACUUACUACUUGGACUUUAUUACUGAAACUACAAGAUAUAAUUUCCAAUGGCAAUGAUAAAGAACCACAACAAUAUCAAGAUUACAAGUGGAUUAGUUGAAUUAAUUAUAUAUACU